GCUUCUCAUACCAUCGUAUCGUAGGGUGUAGAAUUAAGCGUCAUCAAUGGAAGCGGUGGUUUUAAUGGCGGUAGAGACGACGGGUGGUCCUACUCAUCCUGAUUUGUCUCUGCUUCACAGUUCAAACCCUAAUCGUAUCUCUCUCUGUUCUUCGUUCCAGCUUCACUUAAACUCAUCCUGAAUUCUUUUCAAGGCUGUGCCUGCACUUGGAGUCCGGUUAAGCCUUUUGCUUUUACCAUGGAAAGUGGUUUUAGUUUCAGCAGUGAUAUGAACCAAGCCACGAGGAAGAAGAGGAGUGACCGACGUCCUCGAAACGAGACCCAACAAGAGAACGACAACAUAUCGUUGUCUUCUCCACCUUCAAACACUGACAAUGUGAACGUGAAAAUACUUCAUUUGAACCAGUGCAAUUCAAGGGCUUCAUACACGAACCUUGCUGAUGCUGAGAUGACGCCAAAUGUUAGUUCGGAGCUUCAAAAUCAAGAAAGCGGCGAUAAUAAGGACACUAGUGAAGUAUCUGAAUCGAAUUAUAGGGACAUAAAGUAUGAUUCUGGGUCAUUGGAAGUAGAUUCAGAUGCGAAGGGAGUUGAUAAUGUAGUGAAGAAAGUAAAACUUAAAAUUGGAGGCGUGAUACGGACUAUACAUGCUAAGCCUCCAACGCACUCUACUAGCAUUCGCUUAAAGCAAAAACUGAUUUCUCAGGAGAUUCCGGAUCAAGAUUAUUCCAAUUCUCAAGACACAGGGAGUGGCUUGCAAGGGAUCCCAUGGAAGGAUUUCUCUAGAACCGGUUUUCGUGUUGGGAAAGGCGAUCCUUCAAGAUGCACCAUGACCGAAGGAAGCACAUACACAAAAAAGUCAGAAACAUCGGUUCAUAGGAGUAAGCGUGUGCUUAAAAGACGCUUAUUAGAUGAUGAUGAUGAUGCCGAGCUACGUUACCUUGCAAAGAUGAAAACAAGAUCUGCCAAAAUUGAAGAUGUAGAUGAAGGUGGAAGCAGGAAGCAGCGAAAGAUUUCAAGUGUUAUGAAAAUGGAGAGUAAGAAAAAGCCGAAAACCGGGGCAGAAUCUGAAGAUGUUGAUUAUUACACAGGUGAGGAACAGGCAUCUGUUGAUUCUUUUGGGGAAGAUUCGGGUAGAGAAAUGACGGUCACCACACGGCGUCAAGCGCUUCAGUCUGGUAGAGAGAUCUCUGGCACUACAGCUAGUGUUGUUGAGUUCCCACAUGGGUUACCUCCUGCACCAUCUAGAAAGCAAAAAGAUAAACUAUCUGAAGUAGAAUAUCAACUUAAAAGGGCCGAGGCUGCUCAACGGCGAAAAAACCAGGCUGCAAAGGCAGCACGAGAGUCUGAGGCUGAAGCUAUUAGGAAAAUAUUGGGUCAGGAUUCUAGCAGAAAGAAGCGAGAAAAUAAAAUGAAGCAGAGGCAGGAGGAGUUGGCCCAGGAGAGGAAUUUAAAUGCUGCCACACUUGCAUCGAACACAGUUAGAUGGGUGACUCGUCCCACUGGAACAAUUGUUACAUUUUCGGAUGAUAUCGGCUUGCCAAACAUUUUUGAAUCUGGGCCUUGCAGUUACCCGCCUCCACGUGAGAAAUGUGUUGGCCCAUCUUGUUCAAAACCGUUCAAGUACAGAGAUUCGCGGUCCAAGCUGCCAUUGUGCAGCCUCCAGUGCUACAAGGCAGUACAAGAAAGAACUGUUUACUGACAGUAGGUAGAACAAUACUGGUUUAAUACCCACUUCAUUAGCUUAUUUGUAAACUAUGUUUUCUUUGUUCAUAACCGGACGUAAUACAUAGUGACCGUUACGUGUUAGUAAUCCCACUUUUAUAGUAUUAAUUACCAUCUUAGGAAGAUCAA